AUGGAGCUGCCCCAAGAUCGAAGCAGUCUCGAGACCUGCAUCCGCCCGGUUUAUGUGUACCAGAAUCUACCACCUCAAUCCAUCCGCCUGAUUCGUCUCGAACCAGGGUCAUACGAAGCCGGUAUCGUUAUACGGCUCGAGCCUGUACAAUUUCGCAUAGGUGUGGAAGACUCAGACGUGGAAGAGUCGGAUGCGAGAGACCCAUGGGCAGAACUUCAAAUAGAGUCCUCGCAAGCUCGAGGAAGCCCUAUUGAGUAUGAAGCGCUCUCCUACGCCUGGGGUCCGAAGGGUCAACCCAUGAUCAUCUCCAUCGAAGGCGAAGAAAGUUGCAUAGCGCACGUCACUCAGAACUUGUACAUUGCUCUCAAGCACCUUCGACUCGGAGACAGAGUUCGUGUGCUGUGGAUCGAUGCUUUGUGUAUCGACCAAGAGAACAAUGAAGAGAAGAGCGCUCAAGUUGCAAUCAUGGCGGACAUAUAUCAGUGUGCUUCUCGAGUAGUUGCUUGGUUGGGCCCUGAGGCUGAUGGCAGCAAUCUUGCCAUGCUAUCGAUGUACUAUCUGGGUUCACAAAUAGCUGUCAACUGGCCUGGACCUAAUGGCGACUCGUCGCGGGCGCAAUACGCAAUCAGUGCCGCCCAAGGGUUCGACGGGGUCGAUUGGAUCCAUGGUCGUGUCUCAAUCCCACUCCAGGCUCCGGAACUGAAUGCGAUCUACCACUUACUAUCACGUCCAUGGUUUGGGCGACUGUGGAUUAGACAGGAGAUCUUCCUAGCUAACAGUGAUGCUGAAAUUAUGUGUGGCAUGCAUCGGAUUCGUUGGACUCACUUCCGCCAUGCCAUGAUGGCAAUACAACAGGAUGACACUAUCCAUGAUCUUGAUUCACUUCUUCGUACCAAUCUCUGGAGUUUCACAUAUACAGACGUCAAUUGUGGAUACUCUGGGCUACGACUUGAGUGUGACGCAGCAAAAUGUGAAGAUCCGAGAGACAGGAUCUACGCCACAAUGAGACUUUAUUUCAACGGACAAAACGUUUUAAAAAUCACUCCGGAUUAUACCAAGACAGUGGGACAAGUUUAUACAGAUGCCGCCCUGCGGUACAUCCGGCGCCACCAGGAUUUGGCGUUGUUACAGCAAUGUGAAUUGAACCUGCCGAUUCCCGGCCCCUCUUGGGUGCCCGACUGGUCAAGAAAUCCGGGAUUCUGCUAUCUUGAUACGCACAGUUGGGCCAACUCGUGCCUAAGCAUGAGCUUCGCACUUCUGGAUGGCCGCGUUCUCCAGACGCAUGGCAAGCUCAUCACCGUGAUCGAGCACUUGUGGAAAUUCGACGACUAUGAUGAGUCUAGUGCCGACACAUUGAUUAACACAAUUCGAACAACUGUUCAAAGUCUGCUCGACAAACUUGUGUCGGGAAUUGGUGAAAUGCUCGAACGUUGCGCGAAAACACUCUUGGGGGUGUACAUUUCAGAUAUAUGGGAGUCACCUGCCACGUCAGAUUAUCCAUCUCUUCGGGAUUUUGAGUCUUUGAUUGCGCAAGUACUUGCUGGAUGUUCAGCUCAAGAGAUCAAAGAGAGACUUGGUCGAGAGAAAACAAGCAGUAUCUUGUGGUUUAUUGUCACAGUGAUGGCAGGCCGGCAGCUAUUUACUGGUACUAAUGACUUGUUCGGCAGAGUGCCGAUAUUUGCGCAGCCGGGAGAUCACAUAUAUGUGCUCAUACCUUGCGAGGUGCCGCUUGUUCUGAGGCCUCUCGGAGGAAACCAGUACAUGGUGGUGGGCGCGUGUUAUGCAGAGGGCAUCAUGUACGGCGAGGCGCUUCUGGGUCCAUUUCCAAAGACUAUACGCCCCGUGCUUUCGUACAAGGGCUGGAGAUUUCAGGAUAUCGAUUCUGGGAAAGUUGUGCAAGAGGAUCCACGGCUUGUCAAGUUGGGAGUGGGCCUCCAGGAGUUUCGCGAAGAGCUGGAACAGUUCCAAGACAAGAGAGCCCGUCUCAUGGUCGACGUUGACAUACUACGAAGGGCCGGUGUAAUGGAUCUUCAAAAAAUUGAGCUCGUCUGA